GUUGCCAGACGUCCAAUAAUUAUCAUACACAGUACGUACGACGACCUCACCUUCAAUACGAUCAAUCAUUCAAAGAAAUCCAAUAAUAUAUGAUAUUUUUUUAAUUAUGCAUGAUAAUAACACGACUAUUAGAAAACACAAUUAGUAUACACUCUGCACCGCCCCCGAUUGUGUGUAUUGUAUCACGUGCCGUUUUACAGCCAGGUCGAGAAGCUGUUCUGACAGAGAUUUGUUUUUCCGUCAAUGUUUGUUUAAAGGUAAAACUGCAUUAUAAUCAAUGCCACACAUAGUUUUGUUGUACUGUGGUACUGUGUCCGAUGCGAUGAGAAAAUGGGUAUGUACGAUAGUUUCCCUCAAAAUGCGAGAAUUGUAAGCGUUUGGCAAGCACGAGCGUUUGUUAUUUCCCAUCUGGCAACACUGACCGGAAAAAGGAGUCACGUGAGGGCGUUCACAUCCGCGUUUGCUCAGGACGGCACAUGUGCGUGUUAGUAGUUUAAACUAACCCUCGGUUUCUUUAAUUGAAUACUUUAUAUUUGCUUAGGGUUUGUGUCACUUCUUCUCUGUGAUUCCUGGCGUGGAUGGUCUUUUUACCUUUUCAAGUUUAGCAGGUCGAAUGUAAACAAAAGCUUGACAGUUAGCUAGCCAAUAUCCAAAUCGAAAGGCUAAUUUCUUUUUCCUACGCUGCUGACAUGAAAGGGAAAUGGAAGGUGGGUGGAAAAAAGAAAAACGGCAGCAAAGUGUUGCAGAAGUACAUCGUGGCGGUGGAUGAAUUUGUGAAAAGCAAGAGUGGUGCGGAUGAGGCAGGGGAUGACACCGGCUUGAAGUUCGUUCAACGGAAAAGCAGGAAGCAGCUUCGCAAAGAGAAGCGAAAACUGAAGAAAGCCAGAAUGAAAAGUCAUUAUGAAGGUAAAAAGACUGUCAGUUUGCCCGGUGGCGAUGGUCAACCCUCCGGAACAGUUGUUCAUAAACAACCGCCCCCAAAAAAGGCGACCAAUAAAAAGGACACCGGAAGUAAUGCCACGGAAGCAGAAAAGCCUAAAAUGUCCUCGUCAAAGAAACCCAACAAGCUGCAAGAGACCAGAAAGAAGGCCCUAUUGGAGGCAAACGAACAAGAGGACAGAGAAAUAAAGAAACUAGAGCGCUACCUGAAAUUGAACAAGAGAAAAAACAAGAAAAACUUGCCUCAGUCAUUUGUGGCGGAUGGCCUUGACUACAUCCUGGGUGCUCUGGACUCUGACACUUUGGCAGCUGGGAUAUACGACAGCGAUGACAACAUGGAUCUGGCCAAGCACAACUUUGAACAACUGGAUAAUGACAUCUCACAGCCCUCAGAUGAGGAAGAGGAGGAGGAGGAGGAGGAAGGGGAUGCGGCGAGUGAAAGCAGUGGAGAAGAUAUGGAUUCUUCUGGUAAUGAAGACAAUGUACCUGAGGAGGAGGAUGAAGUGACCAGUGAAGAGGAGGCAAUGGAUGAAGAACUCCAGCAUGAGAGUGAUCCUGAAGACAUAAAUGAGGAACCGCCAGAGUCCAACCCAAAUACUAGAGCCUCUGAUGCUGGCAAGUAUGUUCCCCCUCAAAUGCGAAACGCUGCAGGUGACGAACGCAAAGCUGAGCUGGAAAAACUCAGGAAGAACGUCAAAGGCCUUGUGAACAGGCUGAGUGAGCCCAACAUGUCGUCCAUCAGCAGCCAACUGGAGGCGCUCUACAUGAGCUGCAGCAGAAAGGACAUGAACGACACCCUCACCGAGGUGCUCCUGGCAGCCUGUGUCACCCCAACGCUGAUGCCUGAUAGGCUGCUGAUGGAGCACGUCCUCCUCGUCAGCGUUCUCCAUCACGCUGUUGGCGUGGAGGUAGGAGCCCAUUUUCUGGAGACAGUGGUGCACAUGUUCGACGACUUGUACAACCAGCCAAGGGAGGGCAAAGAGUGCGACAACUUGGUGGCCAUUGUGGCCCACCUCUACAACUUCCAGGUGGUGCACUCCCUCCUCAUCUUCGACAUCCUCAGACGCUUGAUGGCGGCCUUCACAGAGAAGGACAUCGAGCUGGUGCUGUUCGUGCUGAAGAACGUCGGCUUCUCCCUGAGGAAGGAUGACGCCCUGGCCCUCAAAGAGCUCAUCUCUGAAGCCCAACACAAGGCGGCCGACUUGGGAAAGAAGUUCCAGGAUCAAACUAGAGUGCGGUUCAUGUUGGAAACCAUGCUGGCUUUGAAGAACAAUGACAUGCGUAAGAUCCCGGGUUACGAUCCUGAGCCUGUGGAGAAACUGAAGAAGCUGCAGAGGACUCUGAUCCACCGUAACGCCGCAGGCAGUGACAUGAAGCUCAGAGUGUCCCUGGACAAUCUGCUAGCGGCCAAUCAGGUGGGCCGCUGGUGGAUCGUGGGCUCCUCAUGGAGUGGAGCACCUAUGAUCGGCCAACAAGGGAACCUGACGUCCAACACAAGCGGCAGCGAAGGACAAUACAGCGCCAAGGUUCUGGAGCUGGCCCGAAAACAGAGGAUGAAUACUGAGGUCAGAAGAAACAUCUUCUGCGUGCUCAUGACCAGCGAGGAUUUCCUGGAUGCUUUUGAGAAGCUGCUCAGGAUGGGGCUGAAGGACAAGCAGGAGAGGGAAAUUGUCCAUGUUCUGAUGGACUGCUGUCUGCAGGAGAAGACCUUCAAUGCCUUUUAUGCUGUGCUGGCAGAGAAGUUCUGCACUCACGCUCGCCGCUUUCAGAUGACCUUCCAGUUCAGCCUGUGGGACAAAUUCAAGGAGCUUUCCGACCUUCCCGCCAGGACUGUGAGCAACCUGAUCCCGCUGGUGACCCACCUCCUCCAGAAGAAGUGCCUCUCGCUGUCCUUACUUAAAGUCAUCGAGUUUGGAGAACUGGACAAGGCCAAAGUGCGCUUCCUGCGUCAGCUCCUGACGCGACUACUCAAAGACACGGAGCCUGAGGAGCUAGUCGCCAUAUUUGCGAGGAUUUCUGGAAUUCCCAACCUGGCCAUGCUGCGGGAAGGCUUGAAGCUUUUCAUCAGCCACUUCCUGCUGAAGAACGGCCCGUCGCAGGAAUCAGAGGAGCAGGCAUCCAUGCUGUCGGCACGCGCUCACAUCGCCACCAAAGCCAUGGAGGCCAAAGACGCCAAAGUCAGACUGUAACAAAAAAAAACACCACAAAGACGGAGGACCUCCCCUUUGUUCUCCAGACCAGAGAUUCAUUGACUGAUGUUUAUAUUUAUAUUCUAUGUAUGUUUUUCCCCUUUAGCAGAUCUCCAAUUGUGUAAUAUUUGUUUUAGAUAAAAAAAGAUCAUGGUGCUUUAUGUUGAAUGACUUAUUUCACAUACUGGAGUAUUAGAUGUAGAAUUGGGGAUCACAUACAUAUCUAUCCAGUCACAGCAUGCAUCACUGGGGCCAUUGUGCCCCCCCACCCUUGCCUUUACCUGCUCUACAGGGGCCUAGUCGGGUCUGACCCUGGUCUGAACCCUUCAUGCAGUCAAGCAAACACUCCUUCAGAAUCCUUACAAUAGCUUUGACGUGCAAGUCGGCUGCAAUCACACAAAUUGGAAAUGAACAAAUAUAGAAUGU